UAAAUUCAAAAUUUACCACAAAUGAAUGUGAUCAGUUCAUCUAAUUCUUCACCUUUAUAACAGUUUCAUCUUUCUUGUGUAAGAACUAAGAAAGAAAGAGAAAUAGAGAGAGAAGAGAGGAUGUCUGUAACUGCUACAAGAAAGGCUAAAUGGCAUCCAGCCCCGCCACCUCCACCCAGUCCGAAGAUACUCAACUUGCCCCGGCGUCAUCAUCAGUACCGGAGAAGAACAAGAACCGCCGCAUCAUCCAGUGGUGAGAGACCCGUCGUCAUUCUCGGCAGCGACAGAGAUUACACGGAAAAGCUAGAAACUUUGUUUGAUAGAGAGCGGAAAUUCGUCGAUAAUUCCGUUCCAGUCGCUGGGGAUGAUGAGAGAGAGAAUGGAGGUGGGUUAACGGAGGAGAAAUGGAGGUUUCAGGCUGAUAUUCUUAGAGCGGAGUGUAAUUUUCUCAGGAUGGAGAGAGAAUUUGCGUUGAAGAAGCUUGAAAGGAAUCGAACCCAGAUGGAAAAGACGUUAAGAUCGUCCGUUGAAGCUCUGGUUUUGGGAAGAAAGAAAAUCUACGAAGGAAAGAGCGUGAACAAUGUGUUAGAAGAAGAAAUUGAAGAUCUUGAAGAAAAGCUUGCGGAGCUUAAGAACACCUCUAAUGAAGCCAAGGACGUGGAAGUCCACAAAUGCAGUAAUUUCGACAAGAAAUCAGCUCUUCUUCAGCGGAGGCUUGAGAAUCUAGUUACCGCCUUACCGGACAACGAAGAUAUCAUCUCAAUUAACAAGAAACCCGACUCCAAGUUUGUUGAUGUGGAGAGUUUAAGAAGGAAAAUGGAAGGGUUAUCAAGAGGAGGAGGAGGAAUGGUAGAUAGAAUCGACGUGAAUGAUAUUAUUCCUUGUUCAGAAGAGAACAAUAAAUGCUCGGGGAGGUGUAAGUCUAUCUUGAGGAAGAUCGUGGAGCAAGUGCGAUCGGAGACAGAGCAGUGGUCGCAGAUGCAGGAGAUGGUCCGGCAGGUUAGGCAGGAAAUGGAAGAGCUUCAAACAUCUCGUGAAUUCUGGGAAGAUCGUGCCCACAAUUCUGAAUUCGAAAUCCGCUCCUUACAUUCAUUGGUUGAAGAAUGGAGGCAAAAGGCUAUGAGGUAUGAGACAAAAGCGAAAGAGUAUGAAAGAGAGGUCUCAUCACUGAGAGCAGAUUUUCAUAAGGAAGAAAAGGCCCCCAUCGCCACCGCCACCGCCGCCGCCGCCACCGUCACCGCCACCACCUUAACGUUAGGGGCACAAAUAGCGAAGGAGAAGCUAGCGUCAACUUAUAAUUAUACGAAUAGCGGGCGGAGGAAUAAUAAUGUUGGUUUAAUCGCGGCGGUGGCGGCGGCGGGUCCAUCAAGAUUGCCUUUUCGCGAUAUAGCCAACUCUUCUUUAUCGCCCCCGCCGCCUAAAGUGAGCCAGAAGAAGAAGAUUAACAAGACCAAAUUUCCCUUGAAUUUUCCUCACCAUUGCACAACUGAUCAGAGUUAUUAUAACUAGUUUUAUUUUAUUUUAUAAAAUAACAGUUCUUAUGAUUUGGUAAAAUGGUUAAAAGAUUAACGACAAAAUCUUUUUUGCGAUCCCUGAUCAAUUUGUGAUACAGUAACAUUACUAAAUGUUGCAUAGUGUAAUGUACCACCACCAUAUUAUUAUUAUUGUUGUUCCCUUAAAUGCAUUUAUGUGUGUGGGAAUUUCUUUAUCCUAAAAAAAUGGUACUUUCUUUAUUUAUUUCUCAAGUAAAAAUAAAAUAAAAUUUGGAAUUC